CAGCCAGCCAGCCAGCCAUUCAGCCAACCAGCCAACCAGCCAACCAGCCAGCCAUUCAGCCAACCAGCCAGCCAUUCAGCCAACCAGCCAACCAGCCAACCAGCCAGCCAUUCAGCCAACCAGCCAACCAGCCAACCAGCCAUCCACCUCUCUCACUCUGGGGAGUAGAGAUAAAAUGAGAGCUACGUCUGACUUCCUCCCGGUUUUGAGCCUUGCCUGUUCUCUGGACUCUGUACCUGCCUGCCCGGACCAGUCUGCCUGCCCGGACCAGUCUGCCUUCCCGGACCAGUCUGCCUUCCCGGACCAGUCUGCCUUCCCGGACCAGUCUGCCUGCCCGGACCACGAGCCUGCCUGCCCGGACCACGAGCCUGUCUGCCCGGACCACGAGCCUGCCUGCCCGGACCAGUCUGCCUGCCCGGACCAGUCUGCCUGCCCGGACCAGUCUGCCUGCCCGGACCAGUCUGCCUGCCCGGACCAGUCUGCCUGUCCGGACCACGAGCCUGUCUGCCACUCCGUACCUCCUGGACUCUGAUCUGGGUAUGACGUUUUUCCUGUCAACAGCCAUUCUCUUGCCUUCCCCUUUUUGGACCAAUAAAUAUUGUAAGACUACAA